AUGGCGGCAUCUCAAACUAUAAGCACAUUGGAAACACUAACCCUAUCGUUCACACUGCCCCCCCCCAAACAUUCUCCUAUCGACUCAAACGAGCAGGUCAUUGGAAAGCGACAGAUCCUGUCAGCAACAUGGAACUUCGUGUCACAACAAUGCCUAGGGACUCUUCAGCAUACUGGAUCGGGGCCACAAUCCCAACUUGGACCCCAUCACGAUCGGAUAAAUAUGGCCAACUCUGGAAACACCAGAUUUGGAAAUCCUGAUCCUGUGAUUCCCACUUGUGAGACAUCAAAAGAGAAGUGCGGGAUUGACCUUCACAACGGGAGCUACACCAUCCCCCUACAAGUAACAGAUAUCCACUUCUGCAGUCUUUCCUAG